AUGUCCAUAGAAAGUUAUGCCCAAGAAUUAAAAUUGGCUCUACACCAAUAUCCAAACUUUCCUAGUGAGGGAAUUCUGUUCGAAGAUUUUCUACCCAUUUUCAGAAAUCCAGGCCUUUUCCAGAAGUUGAUCGACGCUUUCAAACUACAUCUAGAACAAGCCUUCCCAGAAUCUAAAAUUGAUUAUAUCGUCGGAUUGGAAUCCCGUGGGUUCUUAUUUGGGCCAACUUUAGCUUUGGCCUUAGGUGUUGGUUUCGUUCCAAUUAGAAAGGCAGGUAAAUUGCCUGGUGAAUGUGUCAAGGCCUUAUACGAGAAGGAGUACGGUAAAGAUGUUUUUGAAAUACAAAGAAACGCUAUUCCAGCAGGUUCUAACGUUAUUAUUGUCGAUGACAUUAUUGCCACUGGUGGUUCUGCUGUAGCUGCUGGAAAAUUGAUUGAAGACCUUGAAGCCAACCUUUUGGAAUACAGUUUUGUCAUGGAGUUGGAUUUUUUGAAAGGCAGAGAAAAGUUGAACGCACCAGUUUUUACUUUAUUGAACGCUCAGAAGGAGGCCUUGAAAAAAUGA